CUUCCUUCCUUCUUCAUUGCCACUGCUGCUUGCUUCUCCCUCCCACUCCUCCCUCUCUCUCUCUCUCUUUCUUUCUUCUCGUCUUUACUUUGCCUGUACUUCUUUCUUCUUUCUUUCUUUCAUUCUUUCUUUCCUUGUACAAUCCUCCCCUAAAAGCUACAUCCAACUUUCCAUAAUACCCUCAAAGAGACUGCUCACCUCUUUUUUGUAUUACAAGUCGGAUCGAUCCCUCUUCAUCUCCUCUGCUUAGCCAUCCAUACCUUGUAUUAAUUACUCCCCCCAGUCUUGUAUUCAUCUGUCGCUGUCGACCUCGCCUGUACCAUCUCCUCUUCCUUAAGCAACAUCAGUAGCAUCCCCACCCCAGACACCCCCCACUCUUUUACUCUUUUCCCCCGCUUCUCUCGCUUCGUAAACAAAAAUGGAAGACUUCAUGAACAAGAACAACGUCGAGAGCAACAGCUCCUGGGCUGGUGCCCUCCCCGUCGCCCAGGGUCUCUACGAUCCCGAGAACGAGAAGGACUCCUGCGGUGUCGGCUUCAUCGCCAACAUCAAGGGCGAGCACUCGCACCGCAUCCUCAAGGAUGCCUCCAGCAUUCUCUGCAACAUGACCCAUCGUGGUGCCACCUCUGCUGAUCCACGCGACGGUGAUGGUGCCGGUGUCAUGACUGGCAUGCCCCACACCUUCAUGAUGGAAGAGGCCCACCGUCUCAACAUCACCCUGCCCGCACAAGGCGAGUACGCCGUCGGAAACGUCUUCCUCCGACCUGACGAACCUCAUGUGCACGAGCAGAAAUCCAUCUUUGAGUCUAUCGCUCAGCAGAACGGACUCAAGGUUCUUGGCUGGCGUAUCGUCCCCGUCGAUAACUCCAUCCUCGGACCCUCUGCAAAGUCCAAGGAGCCCUCGAUCCAGCAACCUUUUGUCAUCCUCGACCCUGCUGUCCACCACGCCUUUGAUAACAAGCGCUUCCAGCGCCAGCUCUAUCUGUUGAGGAAGCAGGCCACUCAUGCGAUCACCCUCAAGAACUGGUUCUAUAUCUGCUCCCUUUCGAACCAGAACAUUGUCUACAAGGGUCAGCUUUCGCCCGUUCAGGUGUACGACUUUUUCUACGAUUUGCAGAACCACAAGUACCUGACCCACUUUGCCCUGGUCCACUCCCGUUUCUCGACAAACACCUUCCCCUCCUGGGAUCGUGCCCAGCCCAUGCGAUGGGCUGCUCAUAACGGUGAGAUCAACACCCUUCGCGGUAACAAGAACUGGAUGCGCGCCCGCGAGGGUGUCAUGCACUCGGACUACUUUGGCAACGAUCUCCAAAAGUUGUUCCCCAUCAUUGAGGAGGGCGGCUCCGACUCCUCCGCCUUUGACAACGUCCUCGAGUUGCUUGUCGUCAACGGUGUCCUCACCCUCCCCGAGGCCAUCAUGAUGAUGUUGCCCGAGGCAUGGCAGUCAAAUGCCAACAUGGAGCCCGAGAAGAAGGCUUGGUACGAAUGGGCUGCCUGUCUCAUGGAGGCCUAUGACGGUCCUGCCCUCAUGACCUUCUCGGACGGUCGCUACUGCGGUGCUUCUUUGGACAGAAACGGUCUCCGUCCCUGCCGCUUCUACAAGACCACCGAUGGCUUGAUGAUCUGUGCUUCCGAGGUUGGUACCAUCAACAUCGCCCCUGAACGCAUUCUUGAGAAGGGCCGUCUCCAGCCCGGAAAGAUGCUUCUGGUUGAUACCUUGGAGGGUCGUGUUGUCGACGAUCGCGAGCUCAAGCUGUCGAUCGCUUCCCGCCAGAACUUCCGCCAGUGGGUUGACGAGCAGAUGUUGUCUGUCGAUGACGCCGUCGCCAACGCUCCCAAGUUCGACGUCAUGUCGUCGGUCGAUGAUGUUCCUCUGACCCAGGAUCCUCGUCUUCUCGCCUUCAAGCUGACCAUCGAGCAGCUCAACCUCUUGCUCAUGCCCAUGACCACCGAUGGAAAGGAGGCUUUGGGAUCCAUGGGUAACGACGCCCCUCUUGCCUGUCUCGCGACUGAGCCCCAGAUCAUCUUUGACUAUUUCCGUCAGCUGUUCGCCCAGGUCACCAACCCUCCCAUUGAUCCUAUCCGCGAGGAGAUUGUCAUGAGUCUUGAGUGCUAUGUUGGACCCGAGGGCAAUCUGUUGGAGAUGGACCAAAGCCAGUGCCACAAGCUGAAGCUGCCCACACCUGUCCUUUCCCUGAAUGAGAUGGAGGCCAUCAAAAACUUUGACAUCACUCGCGCUGACUGGAAGACUCGUGUGAUCGACAUUACCUUCCUCAAGUCCGACGGCCCUGCCGGAUAUGUUCCAUGCCUCGAGCGUGUCUGCGAGGAGGUCUCUGCUGCCAUCCAGGACGGUGUCAAGAUCGUCGUCCUGUCCGACCGCGGUGUCUCUCCUGAGCGUGUUGCUAUCUCCUCCUUGAUCGCUACUGGAGGCGUUCAUCACUACCUCGUCAGGGAGAAGAAGCGUUCUCGUGUUGCUAUCGCCGUCGAGACGGCUGAGGCUCGUGAGGUCCACCAUGCCUGUGUCCUCCUUGGAUAUGGUGCUGAUAUGAUCUGCCCUUACCUUGCGCAGGAGGCUAUUAUCAAGCUGUAUCGUGAGAAUUCUCUUCGCUCGGAGGCUGGUCCCGAGAAGCUCAUCAAGAACUACAUCAAGGCUACUAGCAACGGUAUUUUGAAGGUCAUGUCCAAGAUGGGUAUCUCGACACUGCAGUCCUACAAGGGUGCUCAGAUCUUCGAAGCCUUGGGCCUCGAUGAACCAGUCAUUGCCCGCUCGUUCGCCGGCACUGCCUCCAGAAUCAAGGGUGUUGGCUUUGAUAUCCUUGCCUUGGAUGCCUUUGCUCUCCAUGAGCGUGCCUGGCCUUCGCGCCAGACCGUCGCUAUCGAGGGCAUCCCCGAGUCUGGCGAUUAUCACUGGCGUAACGGUGCCAUUCCUCACAUCAAUGACCCCGACGGUAUUGCCAACCUUCAGGACGCUGUUCGUCGCAAGAACGACAACGCUUAUGAGGCCUAUUCUCAAAAUGCUUUCCAGCAGAUCAAGAGCUGUACUCUGCGUGGCAUGCUUGAGUUUGAUUUCUCAAAGGCUAGGCCCAUCCCCGUUGAUGAGGUUGAGCCCUGGACUGAGAUUUGCAAGCGCUUCUGUACUGGUGCUAUGAGUUAUGGUUCCAUCUCCAUGGAGGCCCACUCGACUUUGUCGAUUGCCAUGAACCGCAUCGGAGGCAAGUCCAACUCUGGAGAGGGAGGAGAGGAUCCCGAGCGCUCCAACCCACGCGAGAACGGAGACUCUCUCCGCUCUGCCAUCAAGCAGAUUGCCUCGGGUCGCUUCGGUGUCACCUCGUACUACCUCUCUGAUGCCGAGGAGAUCCAGAUCAAGAUGGCUCAGGGAGCUAAGCCCGGAGAGGGCGGUGAAUUGCCUGGCCACAAGGUUUCGGACGAGAUCGGAAAGACCCGUCACUCGACUCCUGGCGUCGGCCUCAUCUCGCCUCCUCCUCAUCACGAUAUCUACUCGAUUGAGGAUCUGAAGCAGUUGAUUUACGACGCCAAGGCUGCUAACCCUCGCGCCAGAAUCUCUGUCAAGUUGGUCUCGGAGGUCGGUGUCGGUGUCAUUGCCAGCGGUGUUGCCAAGGCCAAAGCCGACCACAUCCUCAUCUCUGGUCACGAUGGUGGCACGGGAGCCUCGCGCUGGACUGGUAUCAAGUAUGCCGGUCUUCCUUGGGAACUGGGUCUUGCUGAGACCCACCAGACGUUGGUCUUGAACGAUCUCCGUGGACGUGUUGUCGUCCAGACUGAUGGUCAGAUCCGUACUGGCCGCGAUGUUGCCAUUGCCUGCUUGCUCGGUGCUGAGGAAUGGGGUUUCGCCACCACGCCCUUGAUCGCCAUGGGAUGCACCAUGAUGCGUAAAUGCCACCUGAACACCUGCCCUGUUGGUGUUGCUACCCAGGAUCCUUACCUCCGUGAGAAAUUCGCUGGUUCGCCCGAGCAUGUCAUCAAUUUCUUCUACUAUGUUGCCGAGGAGUUGCGUACCAUCAUGGCCAAGCUUGGUUUCCGCAGCAUCAACGAGAUGGUUGGACGCACCGAUGUCCUCUGCGUCGAUGAGAGCCGCCGCAACCCCAAGACCGCCAACAUUGAUUUGUCUCCCAUCCUGACCCCUGCCUUCACUCUCCGCCCUGGUGCCGCCACCUACAAGGUCCGCAAGCAGGAGCACAUGCACCACACUCGCCUCGACAACAAGUUCAUUAGUGAGGCCCAGGAUGCCCUGAACACUGGCAAGCGUGUGGAGCUCGACGGCAAGGUCGUCAACACUGAUCGUGCCCUCGGUACCACGAUCUCGUACCACGUCAGCACCAAGUACGGCGAGAGCGGUCUCCCCGAUGACACGAUCCACAUCAACCUCAAGGGUUCUGCUGGUCAGUCGCUCGGUGCUUGGUUGGCUCCUGGUGUGACCAUUGAGCUUGAAGGAGACUCGAACGACUAUGUCGGUAAGGGUCUUUCCGGUGGUCGCCUCAUCAUCUACCCACCCAAGACCUCGACCUUCAAGAGCGAGGAGAACGUCAUUAUCGGAAACACCUGCUUGUACGGUGCCACCAGCGGUAAGGCGUUCUUUGGAGGUAUUGCUGCCGAGCGUUUCGCUGUUCGUAACUCGGGCGCUACUGCCGUUGUUGAGGGUACUGGUGAUCACGGAUGCGAGUACAUGACUGGAGGUCGCGUCGUUGUUCUCGGCUCGACUGGACGCAACUUUGCUGCCGGUAUGUCUGGUGGUAUCGCCUACGUUCUCGAUAUGAAUGGAGACUUCAAGUCCAAGGUCAACAUGGAGAUGGUUCAGUUCGAGACUGUCAACGACGAGGAGGAGGUUGCCUGGUUCAAGGACACGUUGGAGGACCACCGCCACUACACCGGCUCUGCCAUUGCUGAUCGCGUCCUCAAGAACUUGGGCCAGUACCUGCCAAAGAUCGUCAAGGUCAUGCCUACGGACUACAAGAAGGUCUUGGAUGCCCAGCGCGCCGCCAAGUUGGCUGCUGCCACCGCUCAGCGCUCUGAAAUCGUGACCCCAGUUCUGACUGCCGCUCCCUUGGCUGCCAAGCCCAAGCCCAACGAGCCCGCUCUCGUCGAUCUCGAGGACUCGAUGGUCGAUACUGAGACUUACAAGAAGCGCAGUGAGAUGGUUGACAAGGUCCGCGGCUUCAUGAAAUACAAGAGACGUGGCGAUGCUUAUCGCAACCCCAAGAAGCGCACCAAGGACUACAAAGAGAUCUCUGCCCGUCUCUCUGACGGCGAGCUCCAGGUCCAGGCUGCCCGCUGCAUGGACUGCGGUGUUCCAUUCUGCCAGAGCAACACUACUGGAUGCCCCAUUGGUAACAUCAUCCCCAAGUGGAACGACUUGGUCUUCAAGGAUCAGUGGGAGGAGGCCCUCAACCGUCUGUUGAUGACCAACAACUUCCCCGAGUUUACUGGCCGUGUCUGCCCCGCCCCCUGCGAGGGAUCUUGUGUUCUUGGUAUCAACGAGCUUCCUGUUGCUAUCAAGUCGAUCGAGUGCGCCAUCAUCGACCGCGGCUUCGAAAUGGGUUGGAUGAAGCCCCGCCCCCCAAGCGUCCGCACCGGCAGGAAGAUCGCGAUUAUCGGAUCUGGUCCCGCUGGUCUGGCUGCUGCUGAUCAGUUGAACAAGGCUGGUCACUCGGUCACUGUCUACGACCGUAACGACCGCUUCGGAGGUCUUUUGAUGUACGGUAUUCCCAACAUGAAGUUGGACAAGGGCAUUGUCCAGCGCCGUAUCGAUCUUAUGGCUGCUGAGGGCAUCAACUUUGUUCCCAACACCCACGUCGGAGUCACCCAUGACGUCAACGAGAUCCGCAACGCAAACGACGCAUUGGUUCUGGCGACUGGUGCUACCUGGCCUCGUGAUCUGCCCAUUGCCAACCGCAACUUGGAUGGUAUUCACUUUGCCAUGGAGUUCUUGCAGCUCAACACUCAGUCGCUCUUGGACUCUGACUUGAACGACGGCAAGUACAUCUCGGCCAAGGGCAAGCACGUCAUUGUCAUUGGAGGAGGAGAUACGGGAUGCGACUGCAUUGCUACCUCUCUUCGCCACGGAGCAGCCUCGAUCGUCAACUUUGAGUUGCUGCCCCAGCCCCCAGCGACCCGUGCCAAGGACAACCCAUGGCCCCAGUUCCCUCGUGUCUUCAAGCAGGACUAUGGUCACUCUGAGGUCCAGUCGCACUUUGGAAAGGAUCCUCGUGAAUACUCGAUCGUCACCAAGGAGUUCGUAUCGGACGGCAACGGCAAGGUCAAGGGCUUGAACACCAUCCGCGUCGAGUGGACCCAGGAUGCCAGUGGUCGCUGGUCGAUGAAGGAGAUGGCAGGCACUGAGCAAUACUUCCAGGCUGACUUGGUCUUGCUUUCGAUGGGCUUCAUGGGCCCAGAGGCCGAUCUCUUGAAGGCAGUCGGCGUUAAGCUCGACGGUCGCUCGAACGUGGAGACGCCCAAGGGCAGCUACAAGACCAGCGUUGGCAACGUCUUUGCUGCUGGUGAUGCCCGUCGUGGUCAGUCUUUGAUUGUUUGGGGCAUCAACGAGGGUCGCCAGUGCGCUCGUGAGGUUGAUGAGUACUUGGUCGGAAACACACUCUUGCCCGUCACCGGAGGUCUUCAGCAGCGUUCAUUGAAGGCAUUGACGCUAGAGGCCCACCAGCAGCCCCCCGCAAUUGUUGCUGCAUAAGUUAUGCAUGCGGUGAACAGCAGGAGUACAACAACCAACAACACACUUUAAAAAGAGAAAGAUAUCCAGCGGAGAGACAGAAUUAUCAGCGACAAGGGGAAAAUUCAAUUUUCUUUUGAGGAGCAUGGACACCAUUGAGCCGGAGUCUAUUCAACACUCAACAGCAAGCGAGGGAUCCCCUUUGGAGCCGCAUUUUUCUUUUCUUUUCCCAAUAUACAUAGCCAUCUCGCUCUCUUUUUUCCCCACUAAUCGCAAACAUUUGUAAAAUAGCAAAAAGAACAAAAAUACUUGCAGUGCAUAUUGAACCAUAGAAAAUAAAUAUUCC